CUUCCUUCCUCACCUCGGUCACUGCCAUCAGUCACCGGCUCCCUGAAGCCUGACAGAAAAGCCUGCUAAAAUGAAGAUCUGGGCGUCAGAGCACAUUUUCAACCACCCGUGGGAGACGGUGACCAAGGCAGCAAUGCAGAAGUACCCCAACCCCAUGAACCCCAGCGUGUUCGGUGUAGAUGUUCUGGACAGGAGCGUGGACAAGGAGGGACGGUUACACAGCACAAGACUGCUCAGCACAGAAUGGGGUCUUCCUGCCAUGGCCAAAUCUAUCAUCGGGGUAACAAGAUCAUGCACUUAUGUCCAAGAACAUUCGGUAGUGGACCCAAAAGAGAAAACCUUUGAGCUCAAAUCUACAAAUAUCUCCUUCACUAACCUGGUUUCUGUAGACGAGAAGUUGACGUACAAGCCACAUCCGCAGGAUCCUGAAAAGACGGUGCUCACCCAAGAGGCUAUGAUCAGUGUGAAAGGUGUCAGUCUGAGCAGCUACCUCGAGGGUCUCAUGGCCAAAACCAUCUCUGUCAACGCUGGCAAGGGUCGAGAGGCUAUGGAGUGGGUCAUCAGACGUCUAAACACAGAAAUCGAGGAGUUGGCGGCAACCGCUCGCGGCACCAUGCGUGUUCCCAUGGCAGCAGCUGUUGCAGACAAAUGAUACCGGCCUUUGCUACCAUCGCUCCACCAUCAUGAACCGAUGGACCUCUCAGACUUUUGCCCCUCAAAGGGGACCUCUCACCUCAUCUGCCAGCACAGCCUAAUAACCACAGCCCCAUCCUUCAGCCCUGUGUGUGUGUGUGUGUGCGUGUGUGUGUGCGCGUGCAUGUGUGUUACAAGAAGUCUCUGUUCGCCCCUCCUCGGCAGCCUGCAGUGACAAGCUCGAUACUCGGCGCUGCAGGCAGUGAUGGGGAGUUUUGAGCUGAUGACAGUUUAAAAAAACAACAACAAACAAACAGGGUUGAAUAAGAUUGCACUUGAAGCUCACGGGACGUAGUCUUGUUGAUGUUAAAGCUCUUUUUAAAAAUUCACACUGUGCCUCCACAUCAUCUCAUCAGUUUCCUUUUGUCUUCGCUUCCUCUUUUUUCAACCUGUCAUGUCUCCCUUGUGUUUUUAUUGUCUCUAAAUCCUCGUAAAGAAGCUAAGCACUGUUAACUUCUGAAGUUGAGUUGACAGACCAAAAUAUCUCCAAACCGAAAAACCCACUAACACAGACGGGCUGUAACAGAGUUGAGAUGAUAUUGAUGCAGCAGACUUCUUCUCUCUGCUGUCCUGUGAGGUCAGAUACUGAACGAACUGUAUCUUAGAAUAACUUUAUGAAAUGUCAGUAUUUUUAGUAUUUCUGUCAUGGUGAAAGUAUAACAAGGCUGCCUCUCUAGAAACGCCUGUUUCAACUGUAUUCCAGAUAGGUAUUUUUUUAUUAUUCCUACUCGCACUUCUACUUCUCACAAGUUAAGUUUCUGUGAGCUGGAGUCUGAGCAGUGCGGGCUACGUAGCCAUUUUCCAUGUCUUGUAUUUUCAGUGUAACAUGUUGAAAGUCAACCAAGUGGAAGUCUACCAUUUUUCUCAGUGAGUGUUUCUACUUCUUUGUGCAGGGGUCCAAAGCAGCCCAUGGCUCAGCAGCAGAGUUUUUGUUUUUUUCUUGUUUCAAAGCAUUUCAACACUUUGGGUCAGAGUGUUUGUGUUGUAGUGGUUUAGAUGCCUCUCCUCUUUCACAGUCCGCCUGGUUUAGUUUGGGUUAAAAAAGGUCAAAAUGAUUUCUGAAAGUCUCUUGUGUUUCUCAGUUUGUUCUCUCACACUGAUGUGCUG